ACAGACAAAUACACACAGACUAAUCCUAACCAACAUGGCCUGCUGACAGCUAAGUAAAGUUGUCAGUAAGUGAUUCUGUUCCUGUGAUGGAGAACUACGGCCUAGACGACUUGUUUCAAUUUAAAAGGAGGAGCACGAUGUCCAAACCUCACCGUUCCGAUGCAGAAAACGUGGAGGAGCGUCAGAGAUAUGAGCGGACGGUCAGAGAGCCUCUGCAGGCCGCCGACCCGGAGCAACACGAGCCGUCGGGCCGCAGGAAACCGGCGUUAGUCAGAUCAAAGACCUUCGAUCACUCUCUGCUGACUCAGGUCCAGAUGGACACGGACUCCAAAAUAGAGAGGAAGAAGUCUCACUACAGCCAGCUUUCAAAGAGCAACUGCCAGUACCAUAAAAUAUUUAAGGAGAUCAGCAAAGAGGAACAGCUCAGACAGAGUUACACCUGUGCUCUGCAGAAAGACAUCCUCUACCAGGGACGGAUGUUUGUCUCUGACCACUGGAUCUGUUUCCACUCCAAGGUGUUUGGAAAAGACACAAAGAUUGCCAUCCCAGUGAUGUCCGUCACGCACAUCAAGAAGACCAAAACCGCCAUCCUGCUGCCAAACGCUCUGGUGAUCGCCACCGCUAACGACAGGUACGUCUUCGUGUCCUUCAUGUCCAGAGACAACACCUACAAGUAUUUGACGUCCAUCAGUCUUCAUCUGGAGGAGAAGAGUCCGUGCAGCAGCCCCGUCCCGUCCUCAGCAGAGAACAGCUUCAGAGGUCAGAGGUCACCUCUGUCGCCUCGCUUCCCUCUGAGUUUUCCGGGUGAUUUCUGUGAUCUGGACGUCGCAGUGAGACAGAGGAGGCAGGAGAUGGAGGACAGCAGCAGCUCGGACUCCCAGACCCCCGACUACGACAAGAUAGCAGAGUUCCCUGUUCCUCCGUUUCUGGAUGCGUUGAAGCACUCGGACAGUGCAGCUCCACCCGAACAUCCAGACCAUCAGCACAAAGUGAAGAGCCAGAACCAGAACCAGAACCAGCACCAGACCCAGCAGAGCUCAAACAACAAGCAGCAGGACAAACUCCAUGCUGAGCUGGCGAUUAACAGCAGGACUUUGAAAACAGUUUCUCUCAACACUCUGCUGUUUGUCUACCUGUUACUAGUGUGUGUCCUGCUCUUGUCUUCCUGUUACCUGGCCUUUAAGAUCAUCUCGUUGGAGCAGAGACUGACGACGCUCAGCUCCGUCACCGAGUUCAGCCACCAGGAAAACACCUUUCUGCGAGGGAGCGACGUGGACACGGAUUUUUUCUCUGAACUACUGACCAUCAACCUGAUGAAGCUGGAGAAGGUGCAGAAGAACCUGCAGAGGCUGCUGGACGAAGCUGCCUGAAUGUACUGGAAACCAGUAUAUUGUGCUGUUUACAGUUCUGUAAAUACACUGUAAAUAGGUAGUUUAUUGUGAUGGAUGUUAUGAACUGACAAAACUGAGAUGUAUUAAUGCAAUAACACAUUAAAAAAAAAACAUUUCAUUGGCUCAAUAGAAAUUAAACUUUCUGGUAAAAUGUUAAGUAUAACAGUAUUACAAUAGUACUGCAUCUGCUUUAUGUAAAUGUAGUAGAAACAGCAGUGUUUUAAAGGCUCUGACAUUCAUGUGAUCUCUUUAAGAAGCGGUAACAGUACUUAAUAUUUCUCUCUCAGUGGAACAAAAUAUAUUUCCAGCUCAUGUUGCCGUAUUUACUUUAUACCAGAUAAAGUUUUUUGACUUGGCUGUUUUUCGGUCACACUGAACUCACUUCUGUUUACAGUAUCUGAAGGGAUCAAGGUUGUGUUCACAGAGCUGGAUUUAUCUUCUGACUUCUGCCCAGUUUCAUGGCCGACAUAUUUCUGUCUGCAAGAGGACGUUUAGGAGAUCAAGCCCAUUAACUAACCCAGACUAAGUUUACGGGAAACUUGAAAAAAAGACAAUGUACGAAUUUGGUUUGGCUUUCUUACAUUUCAAAAGUUUUUCAAAAGUCAACUUUAAACACAACACGGUCAGAAAGCAGAUUCAAUAAAUUUACUGAUUAGUGUUUCCACCAUAUUGUUACUGAAAUGAUAUAUGAGAACGGCAUUCAUUCAAUAAAUGUGUUUAUUAUCUUUAUGUGUUUGAUAGCAGACAAUCCCAUCAGCAUGUACGGCCGCCUUCCACACUGUCAUUCUUUACUCGACCACCGGAUGGCGCAGCAAUGUAUUUUCUAAAUCUCACAUAGUGGCUUUAAAACUCCACACUGUUGUUGUUCACAGAACUUUUCUGCUGAGUUUCACACAACAGACUGUUACAGAGAUAUGAAUGGCUGAGACUCUGUAAAUAUAGAAAUUAAACACAGAUUUAAUGAUGUGAUUUUAUUUUCCUCUGUGUAGGAAUAAAGUUCUAUUUUUGCUGUAA